AUGCGAGCAGCCGUGUGCACUGUGUCUAGCAGCCGCAGUUCCUCCAUCGGCCUGCUUGUCGAUGGGCAGCCUGUUAUCCUCCCUGCGAAUGAUAACCCAGACCACAAGGGCCCCCACCUCAACCGCUUCACCAUUUCCGCGUCCAGUUCUGCACAACCAUCCAAGCCGUCGGCUGCCGCUGCUCACGCGCUCGCUGAGAUCAAGGGAGUACUGUACAGUGGACCUGGCACUGCACUCCUAAUGGGCGCCAUCCUUCUUCGUCCGUCACACUGUCCUAGGGGGUCAUUGUUUUUCUUCCCCUCCUUCCACACCUAA